AUGUUUGAUAUUUGUCUUUGUCUUUUACGACGAAAGACAAAAAUCGUGCAAUGUGCGGGGUCGAAAGACAAGUUUUUAAUUUUUAAACCAAUAAAACUUGGAUUAUAUGGUCACGUGAAUUCUGUGGAGCCUUUCUUUCCCGCCAAAAGAAAAAAGAUCGAGAACGCCAUGGAGAAUACAGAAGACGAAGUCGGUAUAUGGACAGCAAGCAAAGAGGAGCAGCUUGUCGAUCUGUGGCAAGAAAAGGCUUGUCUGUAUAUGGUUACGUCUCCAGAAUAUUCAGACAGAAACAAGAAGCUAGCAGCCCUGAACGAAAUUGCAACUAAACUUUCUUCAAACGUGAAUCAAGUAAAAAAAAGAAUCGCAUCUCUGCGCACGCAAUAUGCACGCUCCCGCAGAAUCCCAAGCAGUGGAAGUGCACGACCAAAAAAGACGAAGAAGACUCAAUGGAUAGAAGACCGCCUUCAAUUUUUAAGCCCAUAUGUAUCCAACAGAGUGUCUAUUUCUAAUUUGCAGUCUUCAACUGAAAGUUUAUCUGAGCCACAGCUUAACACUGGUGACAGUGACUGUGAUGGAGACUUGGACGACAAUGAUGCCCCUGCUGCAGAGACACCAGUUUCAACAAGCAGGCCACUGGCUGCUGUUAAAAAAUCCAAAACUGCAAAGCAGAAAAAGGAAGAGGAAGAACUCUCCAUUCUGAAGUCUCUUGCAUCAUCUUUCUCUGCAGAUGAAAAUUUAGCUGCAAAAAAGGAUGCAAAGCCAAGCCCUUCAGCUGCCUUUGGGGAAUACGUUACACAUGCUUUGUCUGUGAUGGAUGAGAAAACAAGACUUGUUGCAAUGAACAACAUUCAAAAUGCUCUUUUUCAGGCACAGAUGGGCUCUUUCUCAAAUGAAUUCAACAACCCAUAUCAUGCUGGUCAACAUGCUAGAAUGCAGUCUUUCAGGCAGUCACUUGACCAGCAAGAUAUGAGUGAAGGGCCAUUGUACGGACAAUUCUAAUCUUUAAAAUUCAUACAGUAUAUUGCUUUCACUGCACUCUUCAAUGUUAUGUGAGUUGGUUUUAAUUAGCACAUUAAAUAUUGUAUUGAAAACCAAAAAGUAGAAAACAAAAAAUGUUAUGUACCUUAAGA